AUGUCCUGGGCCGCAUCGAGGGAGACAAAACGGAUCGAAGACCGCGCAUACUCCCUUUUGGGCAUAUUCGACAUCAACAUGCCCCUGAUUUACGGCGAAGGACAUAAGGCUUUCCGCCGACUACAAGAAGAAAUCGCGAGGGAAACUAACGAUCUAUCUCUGUUCGCAUGGAUUGGCCCGUCUGAAGAGGAUCAAGGCUUCCAAGUAUCCAGGGGUGUUUUCGCAAGAUCACCCAGCGAAUUCGGUGAUUGCUCGAAGAUGCAUCGAUAUCAUACCAGAACUGAAUAUCAGCCUGAAUUCACUCUUACGAACAAGGGUGUUCGAAUCGAUUCCAAACUGUACAAGCAUAAAACCGCGCAGUGUGUGUACAUCAUGUACCUAGGGUUUACAUUAACUGGCACAACGCCUGUUUGUAUUUCCCUCGCCCGCACAGCUGAUGGAUACGUUCGAAGCAAUCCCUGGUCCCUCGAUCAAUGGCAGCCGGCCAAUGGUACGAACAGGCUGCGGGACCCAUCGACGAUAUACGUCCAGAAGGAUGUGAGCCCACAGGAGGAUUUGAAGUUCCGAAGCCGACUGCAUAGAUGCUUUCAAGUUACCAUGGGGCUGUGGUCAUCCAUGAAGCUUGAACGAGUGCGUUGCAGCCCUGAGCAUUUGUGGGACGAGAGAUUUGCGACUUUCAUCAGUAGCAACCCUGAAAAGUCAUUCAUUGCCUCAAUGAAGCUUUCUGUUCACGGUGACGACUCAAGUUUUGGCGAAGACUUCCCUUUGAUCCUCAUAUUUGGAUGGAGCAAGACUCAACAAAGGCCGUUUGCUGUACUUUAUGGGGAUGGUGAGGGGGUGAAAAAUCCCAAGACAUCCGUGAAGAACCUGCUGCCAGAUGACUUCCCAGACAUUUUACAGAACGAAGUCGACUGGGAGCGCUCGCAUGAUGAAAAUGCAAUCGAGAAUGCUAUCUCAGUAGUCCAUUCAGCGCCAAGAUUCCGAGCAAGGGAAGUGCAGUUCAUCAGGGCCGUAUCACCUUGGGGAGUACGAAAGACCUAUGCUUUUGUAGCGACAUUCAACCUCAGCUUGGAUACGCACAAAGACCCGGACAACAUGGUGAUGUAUCAUAUUUCGAUACGUGGAAGAUCUUCGAAGCUGAAAGACGGCAAUGCCAUAGCAAAGGCGUACUCAUUUGUCCCCGGAACAGAUGUAAAUGUAGAAGAGGGGACAUAG